UUAAAAAAAUAAAUAAAAAAUGAGCAACACCAAAAGUGAAGUAAAGGAAAGAAAAAGAGCUAAACUAUUUGUUCCAAAGUUUGAUUGAUCGAUAAUCAUGAUGUUAAAAUAUAGAGAUUGUGAGAAGAAAAUGAGUAUUUCUCUUACUGUUAUGACCUUUAAUCUUCAUGAAGAUCAGCCAGAAAACAGUCCAAAUUCAUGGGAGAAAAGAAGAGAUUUGUGCAUAAGUGUCAUUACAAGUUAUUCCCCACUCAUUCUUUGUACUCAACAAGGUUUGAAGUCACAGUUGGAGUUUCUUCAGCAGGGUUUACCAGAUUAUGAUCAAUUUGGGAUAUCUAGAAAGGGAUCUCAGGACAUCUCAGAUGAGCAUUGUAGCAUCUUCUAUGACAAGGAAAAGGUAGAGCUUUUGGAAGGUGGUACAUUUUGGUUGUCAGAGUCACCCUCAGUUCCAGGAAGCAUAUCCUGGGGGUCCGCUGUUCCGUGUAUUGCAACAUGGGCUACAUUCCAACUCAAGGGAGUUGAACAACCAGGUUUUUCUUUCCAGAUAGUAAAUACAAACAUGGAUGAGUUAAGUCCUCAUGCUCGUAGACGAAGUGCUUUGCUGACCUGGCAGCAUAUAGCGUCCUUGCCUCCUACCUUACCAGUGGUAUACUGUGGAGGAUUCAACACGCAAAAAGAGUCAACAACAGGACGAUUUUUACUUGGAAGAUCAAGGGAGCAUGGUGUUGUUGGAGAUAUGAGGGAUGCUUGGCCUAGUGCGCGAGUGAGGAAAAAUGUGUCGUUGAUACAUACUUAUCACGGGUUCAAAGGUGACAAACAGGGAGCUCGUGAAUUCCUCAAGUUAAUGUUUAGAGCUCUUUGUCUCUGUUGGGAUCGUCAGACACAAGAUCUGCACAUAGACUGGGUUCUGUUCAGAGGCCGAUCUUUAAUCCCUGUAUCAUCUGAGGUGGUAAAUGAUCACAUCGAUGGCAUUUAUCCUUCCUCUCAUUAUCCAAUAUUCGCUGAAUUUAUGCUUCCUCGUUCAGUGAGAUUGCUUGAACAACCACCCGUUCAAUCAGAAGAAUCAUAACAUCCAGAAGGCCGAUGUUGGAUGAUGUUGCUUCGGUUUGCUUAUUUUACAAGGCUGUUGAGUGUUAAAUGCAUUGGUUACUCGAUCUAGGUUUUGUUUUGUUCAUCUGUAUAACUAUUUAUGUACCAAGUUUGCAAUAUUAGGAUUUGGCUGAUAGGUGCUGAAUAAAAUACACUACCUUUAUGGGGUAUGUAAAAUCUUAUGUGCGGAUCGCAUGUGUGGAUUAUUUCUAUAAAUGGUUGCCCAUGAAUUUCUUCCAA